CCGAGGGGAUCCGAUUGGUUUUGCGUGUAAACAUCAGGUCCGGCCUGGGAUUUUGGGCAGAAUGGAAAUUAAAUUUGAUGGAAAGCGAGCGUUAGUUACAGGCGCAGGAAAAGGUAUUGGUCGAGCAACAGCUAAAGCCCUUAUCAAGUGUGGAGCGGAAACGUAUGCUCUCAGCAGAACUCAGGCCGACUUGGACAGUCUAAAAGCUGAAGUACCUACAAUUCACACUGUUUGUGUGGACAUUGCCGACUGGGACAAGCUGAGAGGUGUGGUGAAGACUCUCUGUCCCAUUGAUCUCCUUGUUAACAAUGCUGGUGUUUCUACUCUCGCUCCAUUCCUCGAAGUGUCCAAAGAGGAUUUCGACUACACAUAUGAUACCAAUAUCAAGGCACUUGUCAACAUUUCCCAGGUUGUUCUGAAGGAUGUCAUAGACAGAGGGAACAGCUGUGCUGUUGUCAAUGUGUCAAGUACAGCCUCCAGUAUUGCCCUCCUGAAUCAUACAGCAUAUUGUUCAUCCAAGGCUGCGGUUGACAUGCUCACCAAAAUCAUGACUCUAGAACUAGGAUCCAAAAAUAUCCGUGUGAACAGCGUCAAUCCCACAGUGGUUAUGACAGACAUGGGAAAACUUGCUUGGAGUGAUCCAGCAAAGAGUGGGCCAGCACUUGCUCUUACUCCACAGGGAAGAUUUGCAGAAGUGCAUGAAGUGGUGGAUGCAAUCCUGUUCCUGCUGAGUGACAAAGCGUCUAUGAUUAAUGGAACCUGCCUCCCUGUCGAUGGUGGCCGUCUUGUUCAAUGAGACCAACACCUGUCGGUGCGAGAAGACUUGAUUACCAAUAGCUCCUUGAUUACAACUUGCUCAAACAAUCACUAUUAUGUUGUUAAAUUACUCAGGUCUUAUUAAGUCCAACCUGAUUGAGGUCCCACUGAAAAUUGUAUUUUAUUAUAGAUACAGUGAAACCCCUGUAAACCGGACACCCGGUUUAAAGAGGUAUCUGGUUUAGAGAGGUUAAGUUCUUUACUGAUUUUUUAAAAAAGGACCGUGGAAAAUGUCUGGUUUUGAGGGAAUUCUGGUUUAUAGAGGGUCCGGUUUUGAGAGGUUUCACUGUAUUAUAAAUUGGAAAAUGUGAGACAGUAGAUUAUGAGAUUGCAUCUAACAAUAUGGAGUAUUUGUAAGGUGUAACCUAACACAAUAAACUGUAACAAUAUCUGGCAAACAAUUAUAUGUGUAAAAACAAAUAAUAAUUUUUAUCUCAAAUUAUUUGUUGAUUUUCAAGCUAACAUUUUCUUAUCAAUUACGGUAUUUAGCUAAGCAAAGUCAGUUUUUAAGCAUGACAUAUACAAGUUAGAUGAGAGAGACAAGUUGCGAGAUAUGGUGAUGAAUGAUGAAUUAUAAGAUUUUGAAAUGACAAAAAUCAUAUUUUUAAUAAGCAUGUUUCCUCAUAGAGUUGUAACACAUGCAAGGACGGACAACAUGCAUGUUGGUUACUCUUACAAAACCACAUUAUGGGAGACCUGUCAGUAUAGGCCUAUUCAACUUAUGUCUUUAUUAUAUGCUUUUUCCCACAGCAAGGACAGCACAUACCACAGAUGUGUAAUGUUGAAUCAUUGUAUUGUUGGGGGGUUUCAGGGUGUCAGCUGUUAAUAUCGUUAUCACAUAUGAAUGAAUUCAUUUCACAGAAACAAAAGAUGUGCCGAAAAGGGGAGAAUUAACAUGAUUAUAUGAAUGAAUCUUUAUUUUGUUUUGUUUAAUUGCCUAUUAGUAAAUUUGAAAUAUGAUGUAUAUUUUGAACUAAUUGUUAACAAUAUUUUCUGUCCAAUUUUUUGUAAUAAUCAUUUACAAAUAUAUACAUUCAAUCAUUUACUGAAGUGCUUGUGUUGUUGUUUUGUUGUAUUUUUGUUUAGAUGACAUUAGCCAUUAACCCCCCCCCCCCCCCCCCCCAAAAAAAAAACACACCCACAAAACAAAGCCAACAACAACCAAUAGCUAAAUAAUAAUGUCUCACUUCAUUUCCAAACCUUUAUUUUAAAUUUUAUCUAUAACCAUGUACAAGUAAUAAAUAAUAGCAGUGGCAAUAAAAAAUGUCCCAAGA